CCUGUUAUUUCAAGGUGGUAGGUACUACAUGAAGGAAGGAAGCCGAAGAUUUGGAAAAGUAGAUUUUCUCGGAAACAAAGAAUUCAAAAGUUGCACCGCCAUCUCUUCGGAUAUUUUUGAUUGUUCACAUUCAGAUUCAAACUCGAUUCCGAUGAAGGAAACCUCAAACAACGGUCAAUAUAGUCUCGAGAAGACUCUCCCGCCUCAUCCUCACCUACCGAAACUCGAGCCGCCACGUGGCACUCGCGUCUCGUCAGAAGAAGCGACGCAUCAGUCGUUCACCGUCGAUAUGAUGAAACUCAUCCGUCAAAGCCGUAACGCGAUCUCCAAACGUAUCUCGAUUCUACACGAGAACGGCGCCGUUUCGAAGAAGGAUCUCGACGAAUCCGACGUGUCGGAGUUCGAAAUCUCCGGAGUCAAGGUCCUCGUGAAGCUGAAAAGCGAAGAGGAGAUCCGAGGCCGUAUCACCUUCUUCUCGAGAUCUAACUGCCGAGACUCCACCGCCGUCCGAUCGUUUCUCCGGGAACGAGGCUUCGAUUUCUCGGAGAUCAACAUCGACGUCUACGCGCACAGAGAGCGCGAGCUGAUCGAGAGAACAGGGAGCUCUCAGGUCCCUCAGAUCUUCUUCAACGAGAAACACUUCGGAGGAUUGAUGGCGUUGAAUUGGCUGAGAAACAGCGGAGAAUUCGAUCGGAGGAUCAAGGAGUUGCUGGCGGAGAAGUGUUGCGGCGAUGCGCCGGCGCCGGUGAUGUACGGUUUCGACGAGGAGGGAGAGGACGGUGGGGUGGAUGAGAUGAUGAGUUUCGUUAGGGUUUUGAGGCAGAAGCUGCCGAUUAAGGAUCGGCUGAUGAAGAUGAAGAUCGUCAAAAACUGUUUCUCCGGCGCCGAGGUGGUGGAGAUAUUGAUUCAUCACUUGGAUUGCGGGAGGAAGCAGGCCGUCGAAAUUGGCAAGAAACUAGCCAAGAAACACUUUAUCCACCAUGUCUUUGGAGAAAAUGACUUUGAAGACGGAACCCAUUACUACCGUCUCCUUGAGCACGAGCCAUUUAUUUCAAACUGUUACAAUUUUAGAGGCUCUACAAAUGACAUGGAGCCCCAAGAUGCAGUCAUGGUUGGUCAGAAGCUAUUCAAAAUCAUGACUGCUAUUCUCGAGUCUUAUUCGUCUGAUGACCAUUCUCGUGUUGAUUACAUGAGAAUCAGUCAAAGUGAAGAAUUUCGAAGGUACUUGAAUUUGGCUCAAGAUCUUCAACGGUUGAAUCUUCUUGAACUCUCAACAAACGAGAAAUUAGCAUUUUUCUUGAAUUUGUACAACGCAAUGGUGAUUCAUGCUUUGAUCAGAAUUGGACGUUCCGAUGGAAUGAUUGCAAGAAGAUCCUUCUUCACGGACUUUCAGUACGUCGUAGGAGGCUACUCUUAUUCCCUUAACUCCAUAAGAAACAACAUCAUUCGAGGCGGUCAUAGACAGUCUUAUGCAUUUAUCAAACCGUUUAUGAGAGGUGGUAACACACAUCAUAAGCUUGGUCAUUCAAAAUUUAAUCCACUAGUACAUUUUGGGCUUUGUGAUGGGACCAAAUCAAGUCCAGUGGUGAGGUUUUUUACACCGCAAGGAGUUGAAGCUGAGCUCAAACAAGCAGCUAGAGAAUUUUUCCGAAACGGUGGAAUUGACGUUGUCUUGGACAAGAGAGUCGUUCAUCUAUCAAGAAUCAUCAAGUGGUAUAAGGAGGAUUUCAGCGAAGGGAAGAACUUGUUGAAGUGGAUAAUGAGUUAUGUAGAUGCAAACAAAGCAGGUCUUUUAACCCAUCUUCUCGGUGAAGAUGGAGGAGGUUCUGUUCACAUCGUCUACCAAGACUAUGAUUGGUCUAUCAACAGUUGACUCUGUUCAUGAAUGGUUCACUAGCAAUGUACUAUUUGAAUAUUAUGUACAAAUCAGUUUAGUUUAUUAGACUUUGACCAUUAUUAGACUUUGACGAUCCAACACUAUAUAGAUGAUACAUUGAUGCU